AUGAAACUCUGCUUCCUGGAUCUCAAGCAGAUCAGCCACUUGAUAAACCUCUAUGGCUGUCUGGGGAUGGAUAACCUGGCAAAGUACUCGAGGACGCUGAGAAUUGUUAAUGUGGAGAGAAAUGGGAAUGUCCUGUAUACUUGGAAGGGGACUGAGAAUGUCACCAAAAUUGGCUUAUAUGACUUCCUAACCAAUCAAAAUGAGAUGCUGUAUUCUAUUGAUAGAGACGUUAAUGUUAUAAGCGGUUCAGUGAACACGGAGAAAACACUACUUGCGUUAAGCUAUUGCAAUUCAUCAUGCGAAGUGCCGAGUCGAGUACUUUCACCAGUUUCCAAGUAUUUGGCUCUCCUUAUUGAAAUUAGGCCUGCCAACAAUCUUAAAGUUCUCAAAGCUGUGGAUAGCAGUGUCCGAGUACAGUUUUUGUAUACUGAUGAAGAUAAGCAUUCAUCCUCAGAGAGUCGCUUAUUAAUAUUUUCAGAAGAAAAAUAUAUUGAACAGUUUCAUAUAGACACAGAGAAUGAAGAUAAAGUGGUCAUUAAAAACUCAGGACCGAUCCUUAAGGACAGAAUAGCUGAAGACUUUGUGUGGGCGCAAUGGGAUAUGUUAGGCCAGAGACUCUUUUAUAUUAUUCCUAAGCGAUCAAGUGGUGUUUUGCAUUGCAUCCAGUUUUAUCCAGAUGAAAAUUUUAAAUAUGUUCUUGAAGUUGCUCUUGAAAUCUCUCUUGCUGAUGAUGGAGUAACUUUGGUCAAUUUAGGUUAUGAUCCCCCUGAAGAAAGAGGAAGGGGAAGAGUAACAACUGCAAAUUUACAGGUGUUUACAAAUCAAACAGGUGGUUUGUGUCUAUUUUACUAUCAGCCGCCAAAGGAGUCACAAGACAUCACUUACACAGUAGCAUUUUUACAUAAAGGAUGUAGCAAAACUUUUAAAAUUGCAACUGCACUGAAAGAACCUAGCAACUGCAAGCUCAAGAGAUUAUCUUUUAUAAAUCUAGAUGGUUAUGUUGCUGUUUAUUUGCCUGAUCAUUUUUUCCACUUGAUAAACACAAAGUAUCCUGACUUGAUGUGUUAUCACUUGUUUUUAUCAGAUGAGGACUCUAGAAUAAGUGGCAUGUGCAGUGAUUGCCCUAUGCAGUCCUUACUAAAGUCCUGCGUAUUGGAAAGCUGCACUGGAAUCAUUUUCUCUGUGGCUAUUGGCCAGGAAAAACUUCUUAAAUUCUUGGCAGGGAGCAGACAGGACUGUGAGCGUCUAGCAGUGCUCCAUUGCUUCUUACUUCACCUCAAUCUCCAUCCACUGCAGGAAACGCAGAUCGUUGAAUGGAUCUGUGAAAACGUGUCUAGCUGUCAAACAUUUGACCCCAUACAAGAGUUCUUAAUUGCUUCUUUACACAGGGAUUUAAGUUUGGAGGCCACAUAUCUGGAUAAACUUUUGGCAUACACAUCAGUGCCGUUAUGGAAUAUGGACAUACGUGGGGUUUCAUGUACAACCGACAUAAUAGAAAUUCCAGUUAUGAAGAUUAUAACAUUUAAAGGCUUUUGGGAGAAGUUUUACUUGGAACUGGAAUAUAUGAAACACAGUCAGCAACGUUUUCUAUGCAGCAGUCACAUGCAAAGAAGAGACUGGUGCAAACUCAUUUCACAGUUGGAUACUGGGGAGAAGAGAAAUUCAGUCUAUCAGCGAAAUAUACUUGAAAAUGCAAAGAAGGUUCUUUUAAACAUGGAUACAAGGGGAUGGCCGUCUGAUAAAAGAACUGUUCCAUUAAUCCAAGAAGAAGACUACCUCCAAAAGGAUCUAAUGGGACUGAUGAUGGUAAAACUAAGAGAUCAUUUAUCACAACAUCUUCAUCAUGUUGGAAAAAACAAGAUUGAAAAGAUUGUUUUGGACUUUUUUUCUAAACAGCUUGACCUAGUGUGUCUGAUACUAGAGGUUGUGUGGAGGAAGCACAUGCUGGAUUCUAGCGUUUUAAGCUUUGAUGCAUGUGGAAACCCGUCGGAGUAUUUUGCAUUUCAUGUUAUGUGCAGAAUAUCAGAAGCCGCAAGCAGAAUGAGUAUGCCAUUGCCGCCUGGUUUUCAGACACUGCAUUUGGUUUUAGCUAUGCGAUGCCUGCCCCUUGGCAAUUUCCUGCAUUACAUAGACAGUGGAGCUUUGCCAUUGACAGAGGCAUUUGUUGUUAAACUCCUUAAAGAACUGGAUGACAAUGCAGAAAAUGAAAAGCUCAAAUAUAGCAUAAUAAUACGUCUUCCAGAGAACAUUUCUGAAAAGGUCCAUCGUUUGUGGGAUCAUGCCAUCAGCAAUAACUUUAUUGCAAUGAAAUACGUGAGAAAAUUGCUCUUCAGGCUUAAUAACAAGGAGGUUAUUCGGGAGUCGCUCACUGAGCGGUCUCCAAUCUACAUGAAUUUUCUCCCACUAAAUUACUUGAUUAUGAUGUUAUCUGAAGUGGAAGAUAGAGCUUUGAACCCCUUUGAGGAAGAUAACAUAGACGCUGCAUUUCUGGAAGAAAUUGCCUUAAAAAGAACAACAGUUCUUCUUGGUCUUCAUUAGACUAGAUAUCGCUCAUUCUA